UCUGCAGGCAGGUCCAACGAACUGAACUCCCUCUUCCCUUCCCUUCCUUCCCCGUCAGUCGUCAGCACUUUGGGCUCUGCACCGCGCUCUUCUUCCUCCCCCUCCCCUGCUUCUGAUUCCUCCCACCGAAUCCGCCCCCUUCCCUCGCGCCUUGCUGUGCCUCGUCAUCGCCGGCGACGGGAGGCAGCAAUCGCGGACCGCCCUUCCGCAGCAGCCGUCCCUCGACGAGGCGCGGAGAUCCACCCGUCAGGUGCUGGAUUGGUUUCAUCGUUUGCUGGAGUGAAAUGGAUGAGGUUAUUCCUGCUUUGGCUACCGGCCAAGCUUCAACCAAUGUCCUGACGGAGCAGCCUUUGAAGGUGUACAUAUGGGACAUGGAUGAGACACUAAUUUUGCUCAAGUCGCUUCUGGAUGGGUCUUAUGCUGGGGCCUUUGAUGGCCUCAAGGACCGUGAGAAAAGUGUUGAAAUUGGGAAGCGCUGGGAGAACCUCAUUCUUGAACUCUGUGAUGAGCACUUCUUUUAUGAGGAGAUUGAGAACUACAACGAACCCUAUCUCAAUGCUUUAAGUGAAUAUGAUGAUGGGAGAGACUUGACCUCAUAUGAUUUUGAGGCUGACUGUUUUAGUUCACCCUAUGAUGAUGUGAACAAAAAGAAGCUUGCUUACAGGCAUCGUGCUAUUGGAGAGAAAUAUGCAAAGGGUCUGGAAAAAAUUCUGGACCAACACAUGGUCAAAGUCUGGAAUGACCUGUAUAGUUUGACUGAUAAGUAUACUGAUGGCUGGCUGUCUUCAGCUCAUAAGCUAUUGGAAGAAGCAUUGGGUAAAUCAGCAGCGGCACCUACUACCAACUCUUCAAGCAUCAAUUGCAUAGUUACAUCAGGGUCGCUGAUUCCAAGCCUUGCCAAAUGUUUGCUGUAUCACCUGGAUGAUGUGGUCUCGUCUGAGAAUGUUUACAGCUCAUGGGAAGUGGGGAAGCUGCAGUGUUUCAAAUGGAUCAAGGAGCGCUUUGACGGUCCAAAUGUCCGCUUCUGUGCGAUCGGAGAUGGGCACGAAGAAUGCAGCGCCGCACAGGUUAUGAAGUGGCCAUUCAUCAAGAUUGAGUUCCAACCCGACGCCCCUCACAGGUUCCCAGGCCUAGACAUGCCCACAGUCCAGACGUACAUGGAUGUGAUAUAUGAGUCAUCAAGCAAAGAUGGUUGACCAGCAAUUCAAGUUGGUUGGGUUUUCUCCUCCGACCUCCAGUGCCCAUGGAGGUCCGGUCUGAGGAAAUUGUAAGCAAAGAGAUGUCGUGGGAAGAAACAUGUUGUCCUCUCUCGAUCUGGCGAAUUAGGAGGCUGGUGCGAUAAAUAAGAGCCUGACUAGUUCGUCCAUGCAUGUUCCAGAGCAUGUCAUAGAUUGUCUGUCUUGUGUUGCCAUUUACUAUGAUUCAGGCAAUUGUCUGGUGUUGUGUCCGGGCGUUAUUUUCCGCUGUUCUGCAUUGCCAAUUAUUUGCCAUAUAAAAUCUGUACAUAUGCGUCAUAGAUUGGUGGAUGUUACCGCUUCUUUAAACAGGAGGUGGUGCAUGCCUUAUUAUGAGAGAUUAAUUAGCAAGAAUCAAAGGUUGGCUAUUG